AAUCGGGUGCGAAACAAGAGCUAGCGAGCGAGCUACCCAACGAUGUGGAAGAUCCAGAGUGCCGCCCUGCAGCGGACGGGUGGAAAGGCCGUUGCCAGCCUGGCACGGAGAGCGCUGCUGCCGGCCAUGGCACCGRCGGUCCCGGAAGCGAGCGGGGGGUCUUCYUCGUCCGCUGACGCCCCGCAACCCCCGGCUACCGGUAUGCACGGAGCAAUCCGCUGCUAUAGCCAGACGUCCUUUGCGCUCCAGGAACAGAGCGAGACCGCGGCAAAGGGCAGCAGCACGCUGACCCUGCCGCCGAACCUGAUGUUUGAUUUCAAGUCCUCGUUUGCGCCCCAGCGAAUGGCCGCGGCGGCGGCAGCCCCCGAACUGCUGGAAGAGGAGGACAGCGACAACGCCGGCGACGACAGCGUCGAAGCCGUCGACGGAGAGGAGGAAAGCGACGACACUGAUUCCGACGAGUUCGACGGCGAGGACGAGGAUUCCCCCCUCGUCUUUUGCCCCGACUCGUUCCAGGCCUCCGGAAAGUUCCCCGUGAAGCCCCUCCCGGAGCGCCUGCAGGUCUCCGUCCGCGACGGGACGUCCCCCUCGCCCGGGGAGGUCGGGACCAUCUGGCUCGAUCCCACCGUCUUUGGCGUGGAGGAGAUCCGGAUCGACCUGAUCGCGCAGAACGUCAACUACAUCCGCAACAAGAUCCGGGGCUUCCGCAAGGCCAAAUCCAAGACCGUCUCGGAGGUCUCGGGGAGCGGCCGGAAGGUCCGCAACCAGAAGGGGGGAGGCAUCGCCCGGGCGGGGCACUCCCGGCCGGCCCACUGGCGCGGGGGCGCCAAGGCCCACGGGCCGAAGAACACCAAGAACUACGGGAACACCAAGCUCAACAAGCGCGUCAAGACGCUGGCGAUGCGGUCGGUCCUCACCCAGAAACUCAUGGAGGGGAACCUGGUGGUCGUCGACCACCUCAGGCUGGAAUCGCACAAGACCCGCCCGUGGGCCAGGGUCCUCGAGACGGAGUUUAAGGUCGGGAAGGCCCUGAGGGCCACCCGGCUCCGGAGCAACCCCCAUCUCUCGCAGACGACGUCGGCGCUGAUCCUGGACCACUACCUCGAGCCGGAGGAGGGCGGCGACGAGAGCGAGGACUAUCACGCCUCGUACCAGGGGGUUCCCAUCAACCUGUGGGUCGCCUCGUCGAACAUUCCCCGCAUCACGGUGCAGAACCACCGGUUCCUGAACGUGUACGAUCUCCUCAAGAACGAAAAGCUGAUCCUUACCCUGUCGGCCCUGAAAGAAAUCGAAGAAAAAUGGGGCGAGAAAUAAACAACAAAACGACUCGUAAUUUGAAAAACAAAMCAAAACCAAAAAU